CAAAGUCAAAAAGUCGGUUUCUAUGAUUCUCUCAUACCCAUCACAAUAUAAAUAGCUGAAUCAAUCCUUAGAAAUAAUCUUCAUAUUCAUAUUUAUAUUCAUAUUCAUAUAUUUCAUUCAUUCAAACUAAUUUAAUUUUAUCUUUAUUGGAAUCGUAAUGAAUACGCAAAUGACCGCCAUAGAAAGGUUUCCUUCAAUCCCAGGAGCGGCGGGAGAACUCGAGACUUUUGUAAUGGAGAAUUGUCGUCUAAUGUUGCUUUCUUCUCAGCAAAACGGUUCUAAUUCCGCCAUUGUUGAGGAUGAUAUUGGUCGUAUUUUUUCUUGCAAGACUUGCGGAAAGAAGUUCUCUUCUUUUCAAGCACUUGGCGGUCACCGUGCGAGUCAUAAAAAGAUUAAACCGGCUGAAAACUCCGGCGAAUCGAAUAUUCCGACGAAAACGAAAGCUCAUGCUUGUUCGAUUUGUGGUGUUGAGUUUCCGAUUGGUCAAGCUCUCGGAGGUCAUAUGAGGCGUCACAGAGGUAUUCUCUCCGGUGUAAAGGUUGUCGUUGGUGGUGACGACGAAUCGGUGACGGUGAGUAAUGUUACGACCGAAGGAAGUGUUGAGAUUAGCCAUAGUAGUCACAAUGAUGCUGAAAAAAUUAAGAGAAAAUGGGACGACGACGUUUUGGAAACCCCAAUUUUGAAGAAAUCUAGUAGCUCUAAAAGAGUAUGUUUGGAUUUUAGUUUAAGCUUAUGUAAAAAGAAUGAAGAAGAAAAAGAAGAAGAAGAUGAUGUUGAUGAAUAUGAGAUUGUUGAACAGGGUAUUAAAGAAGAAAAUGAUUUCUUGAAGCUGGAAUUAGGAUUACCAAGUUAUCGAUUUAAUUGAUGAUUUUGGUUAUUUUUCAUCGAUUCUUCUUUUUUUUUUUUUUUUUUUUUUUUUUUUUUUUUUUUUUUUUGGUGAUUUUGAUGUAAAUUUAGCAGGUUAUUAUUGGAUUAGUUAAGACUUUAUAGAUGGGAUUAGAGAAAAUAUACUUAGUGGGUUAUUUGAUCAUUUGUUUCAUGAUAGAAAGAUGUAUGUUCUUGGUUUUUUUAAAAAUCUUUAGGGUUAUUCUUUCAUUACGUUAAAAAUACUACUAGUCCUUGUAUUUUAUAACUUGUACUAGUAGUAUAUGUCAUGAGCUUGUUAAAAAGUAUAAUAGCUUGUUUAAAGAGUAGUGCAAUAUAAUUUGGGAAUUCUUAUAUUUUACUACAAUAAUAGUUUUAAGUAUUAUUUUGUCAAAUGUAAAUAAA